AUGAGUGGAAGGAAGGUCACAGUAACUUACUGCGACGAGUUUGGUGUCUGGCCGCUUAUUGCAGACGACCUUUCAUCUCGACUCCCUCUCAAGAAUCUUCAUUGGCGUCCAUCGAGUCAACGUGCUGAACGCUACAUUCCUUCUCUCGAAGUCGACUUGCAACGAUUCAACUUUGAGCAGGUGCCUCAGCCUCUUCUUGCAACCCAUACAACGUACUUGAACCUGUAUUUCGUCAACUGUGAGGAUAAUGAUACGUACAAGAACCGUGUCAAAAAGCAGAUCAAGACGUGGGUGGAUAUGUGCAACAUGAAGAAGAAUCAGGAGUGGAUGAUUGUAUUCGUUGCUGGUCAAGACGCCAAACGUAGCAACAACUAUCUCGGUCUCAAAACUACCGUGUAUGAUAAGAUCCGUGCCGACUUUAAUCAAGGAAAACGAGAUAGAUGCACGUAUAUCCGUAUCCAUGAUCCUGACGGCACCAAAUCAGAGAUGUGGGAUGACUUUUAUCAAAAGGUCAAGGAAUGCAUCAUUCUCGGCUUCGAUAUGCACGUUGUUCAAAUUGAGGAAGACACGCGACGCUUGGACAUGCAAAGGCAUAUGCCUGGUUGGAAUUAUUGUACCUUUUUCAUUCUGAAGGAAGGGCUGGCCCAAGCAUUUGAGAUCAUGACAUUGUAUGAAGACGCGUUGAUCCAAUAUGAUGAACUUGAAGCUUCCUUCUUCCAAGUACUAAGAGACAAAGCUCUCGCAUGGUUUGGUCAUUUUGGUGCCACAGAGCCUGGAGAUGACAGUGACAACAUUCUCGAUUUCAAGCGCAAGAACUAUCGCGAGUUGAUCAACAAGAACGUGAUUUCAGUCUUUGAUUUUCGAUGUUAUUUAUUUGCGAGACAAGCACGCAUGCUCAUCAAACUCCAACGCAUCAUUGAAACAUGUCGUCGUGGCCAGCUUUUUAUCAGUAGCUUUAUUCCAGCAAUCAAAGAAAACGAGGAUAUGUUGGUUGAGAAUUUUGUGGAAUCUUGGGUUUUCUCAGCUUGCAUGAAUAUCGUCAACGAGUGUGAGCCUUUGUCAGUCAAUCUCGCUGGUGCAGAUCCCAAUUUCAUUGGCCCAUUUAAUGCCGUCAAAGCCGAUCUCUUAUUGACAGCACGACGACAGCUCGACAAGCUUGGUGUCAAGUAUAAGCAUCUUCCCAUGUCGCCUCCAUUUUCGACCUACAUUGAUUCAAAGGAUAUGGAACAAGAAGCGUCAAGCAGUCCAAAGCCAAAGAAGGGUAACAUGACCAACCAGAAGCUAUUGGAAGGAAUGGAUUCAGUGGAGGCCUUUGACAAAAUGUACAUGGCUUUGAGCGCACGUGCUAUCAAGAGUUAUGAUGUGAGCUUUCGACCAAGAGCCGCUUUGACAGUACAUGGAGACAUUGCUGGCUUGAAAUAUACACGUGAUAAGUUGGAUGAAGCUGUCCGAAUCUACGAGUCUGUGAUUUGGCGUUAUGGCGAGCAAGAUUGGGGAUCCAUUGAAAACAGCUUGUUGAUAAAAUGUGCUGAUUCUCAACGGCGACUUGGCAAGAUUGACCAGUACAUUGAAUCCUUGUUGACGUUACUCAAGAACACAAGCUGGCUCACUGUUGAGGAGGCGACUCGUUACACUGAAGAAUUGCUGUCAAACGUGCAUAAACUUGACACUGAUUUACGAAGACUAUUCGAGCCCAUGUUCUCGAUUGCUGUCGUCACAGUCAUCGAUGAUGAGUCAACAGUGGAAAGCAGUAGCGUGGAAAUCAACAUUGAAAAUCAUUUGCCAAAGAGCUUGCAUUGUGAUCGUCUUAGUCUGCGUUUGGUUGGCAACGAUCCUGAACAAGUGUGGUUUACAAAGGAAGAUCUCGAUCUUGCUCCUGGAAAGAAUAAGGUUUAUCUCACAAGCAAGACAUCUACAUCUGGAAAUUAUGUUGUGGAAGAGUGUGACAUGCAUGUUGGCAAGCUCGUUUUCACACACAACUUCAUGCGUGAUGGUCAAAAGAAGCGGAUCAUGCGAUUGAACCACGAUAUGAAGCGUCUUCAAGCUACAGUGUCUCAACCUGAUGAAGUCUACCUUGGAGAACGGCAACGAAUGGCAUUACGUAUAAGUAUCGGUGAUCAUGCAAUUACGGGUGGUAAAGCCCUCCUGGAACCUCAAAUGGAUGGCUUGUUGAUGGCACAAACGGAUAAGGUUGCUGCAAAGAUCGUCGAGGGUGAAGAUAACGGCACUACGCUUGAACUCGACAUGCUAGAGAAUGGUGAGAUCGUUUUGCCGGCAUGCAAAGCACAUCAAGUGUUGGAGCUGCUGGUUGGAUAUGAUGGCGCAUACACGGAAUUUGAGUAUAGGGUGAAAACAACCAUUACCUACAACACAGAGGCGGGCGAACGCGAAUUCGUAUCGGCUGACACCAUCCAUGUCACCGUCCCAUUGGUUGUGACAGAGUCAAGCGUUUUCCGUGAAUCAUGCAUCUUUCUCAAGGUUGAAGUAUCCUGCAAUGGCGAAAACCCAGUCCGGAUAUUGAAUACCGCUCUCCUACCAUCACGCACCUAUGCUGUUGAAAAAUCCAACACAAUCAAUGACUGGAAUUUGACCAUCUUCCCUAAGCAAGUCGCCACCUUUGUAUAUAAAAUUGUCAAGAACACAGAUACCGAUCUACAGGAUCUUAAACCCAAGGUCCGAUUUCAUGCUAAAUAUCGCACGCUUAAAGAUGAGGUGGAAGCUAGUAUCGGUGCCAUGUUGCAAAAGAAGCUCCAAGAAAACGAUUCUGCACAGCACUUUUCAUAUAUCUUCUCCAAGGUCAAGGAAGCCUUCUUGUCAUCAGUGGAUUAUGUCAGCUAUGGCUUAACGGACGUGGUGCACCUUGAUGACUUUGAUGCCGAGUUGUGCGAGUCCUUCCUUUUGAAUCGGGAUUUGAAGACCAAGGUGAAGCUGCUCGACAUGAUCGAAGAGUUUUUCGAAGAACAUGAAGCAAUUACUGAGCGCACUAUUCGUGAGAACUCACCCGAUCCACGUAUCAACGGCAUCCUUUUCCCACUUGAAGUACCUACAUCCAAAGCCUUACAUACAGCCGAGUUGGUGCUUAAGAUUGACAAGGAUUUGCUGGUGGCGGAAUCUUGCCCAUGUUUGUUGCGUAUAAAACAAUCGACCUAUUGGACAGCGGAUGACAACGACUCGGAAGAGGCUCCAAAUGAAUUCUACUAUGAUAUUGCCGUGGAUUAUGACAAUUGGCUACUAGCAGGAAAGCGACGCUUGCGAUUCCAAUCCAAGCCUGGAGAAACACUUGAAUUCCCUAUCGAUUUGGUACCUCUGAAAACGGGCAAUCUUUUGCUGCCAACUGUGCGUGUCCUGGCGAUAUCGCCCAACGUUUCAGCAGCAACAAUGUAUGUCAAUAGUGCACAACAAAUCCUUGUCAAGGCCAAAUCCAAGACGGCUACCUUUUUUGUUGAACAGCAGCAACGUUUCCUUCAACCCCAAGGAUCCCAAUCCUUUGUAGGUUCACCUCCACCACCACCUCAUGACCGACCCACUAUUCCUGAUAUCACCGCAUCCUCUUGA